AUGGCGGGAUCCUGCCCUCAUCCUGCCCUCCAAGGACCAGGGACUGCCCACGGCGCUGCUGAACAGUUCCCCAAAUCGUUUGGGCUGUGCCUGGCGGGAGCAGGGUCCGGCCGGCACCAGACGAGGGGGGCUGGAGGUGCAGGGAGCGGGGCCGGGGGGCAGCGGGGAGGCUGGCGGGGUGGGGGCAAGCGGCGGCUGCGGAAAGGCUACGAGGUGGAGAUGGAGCAGGAGGUGGGCCACUCGGUGCGCCGGCUGACCACGCACCGCAACGCCUUCAAGCGCAUGGCGGUCAUCCAGGCCUUCCUGGGCUCCACCCCGCAGCUCACCCUCCAGCUCUACAUCAGCAUCCUGGAGAAGUACGUCCCCGCCGCCCGAGCCAUCCUCAUGGGCAUCUGCCUGGUGUCGGUCACCUACGGGGCACUCGUCUGCAAUAUCCUGGCCAUCCAGGUCAAGUAUGAUGACUACAAGGUCCAACUGCGGCCACUGGCCUUCCUCUGCAUCGUCCUGUGGCGGAGCCUGGAGAUCUCCACCCGCGUGGCCGUCCUCGUGCUCUUCAGCACCGUCUUCAAGCACUGGAUCAUCCCCAUUGCCCUGGCCAACCUGCUGGUGGUCUUCUUUUUGCCCUGGGUGCAGUUCUGGCGGAGCGGCACCCGCUUGCCCGACAACAUCGAGAAGAACUUCAGCCGGGUGGGCACAGUGGUGGUGCUCUGCGCCUUCACCCUCCUCUACGCCAGCAUCAACAUGUUCUGCUGGUCGGCCGUGCAGCUCAAGCUGGCCGACCGGGACCUCAUUGACAAGUCGCAGAACUGGGGCCGCCUGGCCAUCUACUACGUGGCCCGGCUGGCGGAGAACACGGCCCUCGUCAUCCUCUGGUACUUCUUCAAGACAGACGUCUAUGAGAACAUCUGCACCCCGCUGCUGGUGCUGCAGCUGCUCCUCGGCUACUGCCUGGGCAUCUACUUCAUGCUCCUCUUCUUCCAGUACCUGCACCCCUGCCGCCAGCUCUUCCAGCACAACGUUAGGUGCAGCACCACUGGUUCUCAGGCGCUGGGCGCUUAG